AUGGUGGUCCAGACUAUACUCACUGUUGUAAUAGCAACAGUGACAGCUUACAGUGUAAUUGUGGGAGGCUCACUGGUCCAGAUUUUUUGGAUGCUGCUGAACCAGCAGAGGUUGGUUAUGUACUUUGUGGUCUUAGGGACUUUUAUGAGCGAGGAUGUGAGGGAUGUGGUGAAACAGCAGAAUUUUGGACUUUUUGAUAUGGGGUUUUUGGAAGAUGCAGUCCCGAAGUUGUCAAGAGGGAUGGAUACUAAGCAGAAGACUGGAGAGUUGAGAGAGAUCGGGUUUGAUUAUGAGAGCUGAUUUAGGAGUUAUUGGGUGCCAAUAUUUGGAAUUUUGCUGGUUUGGCUGUUCCAUGUUUCAGCAAGGAUUGUCUUUAAGAUCUUCCCUUCUCUCAAAAAGCCUGGAUCUAAUAAUAAAGAGACUGAUAAAAAGAUUCAAGAAAGCAAACAAGCUAUCAAAGAGCAAAAUAAGGAAGAAAAUCUAGAUGAAGAAGAGAAAGAAGGAGGAAAUGAAGAAGAUAAAGAUAUAGAAAAGCAAACUCCUGAUGACACUGCUAUGAACAAUACUAAUGCUCAGAUUGCUCUCAACCAGUCAAAAAUGAACACUUCAAACAGAAAUACAAUGAUUGAUCCUGUUUAUAAUGAAGAAGGAGAAGAAACAAAGAGAGAGUUAAUGAAAAUGAAAAAUAAGAAAAAUCUCAAGCGAAAUAAAAAGAAAAUACAAGAAGAUACUCAGUCUGAAAAUAGUGAAGAUGAGAUAGCACUACAAACCAAAAAGUCUUGAAAACAGAUGACUAAAGCCUUUUGUAAAAGCAUUAUAGUUAAGCCAUGGAUCUUGAAAGUGCUUUCAUCGAAUAUUUACUGGAACAUUUACUUCAGGUUCAUGCUAGAAUCUUUUAUGGGCAUCUUAGUUAUGUCUAUUAAUGAGAUCAAAACUAGUGAAGCAGAGACAUCAUGGCAGAGAUUCUCCCUUUCACUAGCUUACAUGCUUCUGAUAAUCUACCUUGCAUUCUAUGGCUUCGUCUGGCUCAUAGGAUUCAUAGAAUACAGGAGAAGGAACGGAUAUCUAAGGGUGCCCCAGGAUGAUCAAGAUGAUAAUGCUCGGCUGAAAGAAGACAAAGAGAAGAUUUAUCAAGAAUUAUUUAGUGGCUUAAUCAAAUCUCCAUUUGCUUCAUUCCACCAAUCUUUUAACUUAUCUAGAAUUAUUUUUAUGACAUUCCUAACCACUGUGCUCAAUGUGUAUAACCAGUCAAGCGUAUGGAUAAUAUUUAUGCUGUUCUUCAUCAUGCAGAUGGGUUAUGUCUAUCUCGGGGUAAAUUACCAGAAAUUUGACCAUUUGGCUUGAAAAGUUGCCUAUAUAACAAACGAGAUCUUCUUCUGAGCCUAUAUUGUACUAUUUAGCUUCCUCAAAACAGAGGAGGACUGGAAGAGCUGUAAAUAUUUGAAUAUGACACCUAUAGCUGCAGCUGAAGAAGUAGUACUGGCAGUGCUCUAUAGUAACAUAGGGAUAAUUCUGGUUACACAGCUCUGUGGGUGCUUUGUCCAAUCCAAGAUUACGUAUAAAAAUUCAAAGAAUUUCUUACUAGGAAUAAAACCAGAAAUGACUAAUAAGGCAAAUGCAAGGAAAUCCUCCAAAAUCAACGCUGGCACACAAACCAUGAAUCUCCCAAAGAAGAGUAAAUUCUUAUCAACCCCCAAAAAGACUUCUAAGAAAUCCACUUUGAGGAUACCCAAAGCUGGGAAAUCAUCUAAAAAGAAACAAAAUGCUCUUGCAAAUAGUAAUAAAUACAAGCCUUAUCAGGAAGAAGUCAAGACCACUAAAUCAUCAGACAAGUCUAAAGGGUUGCUCACUCCUAAUAAUAAAGGCAAGAAAUCAGCAGCAAAUAGCCCCAGAGCUGGAGCAAAAGGCAAUUUGUUAGAUCUAAAACCUUCCCAAGACUUGAAAUUUCCAGAGAAAUCCGUUGCGUUGAGUCCAAAUAUUCGUGGAUCAAAGAAAGCAGGAGUAAAGACUCCUAAGAAAGGGGAUCCAAAGGCUAAAAAUUCUGUUUUAAAGUCUCAACAACUCUCAAAGCUUCAGUUAGAUGCUUUGGGCACUCCAAAAUCUAAAAGACUGCUUCCAGCUCUGACUAAUACUAAGAAGCCUAAGAACUUAAAGACACCUAAGAAUCCAAAGACUCCUAAAAACCCAAAGAAUAACGCAAAGAUUCAAAAACAAAAGAAAUAGAGAAAUUCGAUGUUUU